AACUGACCAAGCAGCAAACAAACUCUGUGGGAGCUGCUCUGAAGUCAGUCACUCUGCUGUCGCUAUUACCACAAAUAGCACAGGCCACCGGUGAGCUGAGAACCGUAUCAUCAAGUCAGGGAACAAGUCAACCAGAAUGCUCGAGGGCUGAAGCAGCUACUUGACAGAGAGACAGCGUUCAGCGGAGAGACACAGUGGAUAACCUCUAACUGGGCGGAGGAACUGGAAUUAAAAAGCCAUCUGAGAGGAACAACGAAGAAUAGAACCAGAGUUAAAAAGGGGUUUGAGGAAGAAUGAUGAAGCAAAGAGGACCAAAAAGAAAGAUGCAACACACCAGUGAGUAGGAAAGCGUAUGGGGGUGGAGAGUGGAAAAACCUUAGGGGGAGAGAUUGUGUGCGAGUGUGUUCCGGUGUGUCAGGUGUGUGCAUGGGUGUUACUGCUGGUAACCAGGCAGGGACGGAUCUCAUCUCUUGGGGAUGUGGAGGGAGCGACUUAAAUCAUAAAUGAAUACAACAAGAGAAGAAAAAAAAGGAUAUGCAAAGCACUCUGUCAGUGUCUCAAGCUCAGAGAGCACAUUCUCCUACUCUCUGUAUCACUACGUUUAACUCGAACAUAUGACAGACACUGCUACUGCUACUGCUACUGCUACUACUACUACUAAUACUACUAAUACUACUACUGCUGUUGCUGCUGCUGCUGAUGGCGCCAGUGGAAAUGAUUCGUGUUCUCCCCGGACUCUGGAUGGAUUAUAAUAACAAGCUUGGAGUAGCUGUUUAGGUAACAAUGAUCCGAGCAGGAGCUGGUGUUUAAUGUUUUACUUCUUGGCCCUGAGAAGUACAGACUGAACUCCCUCAAGAAGGACUGUUAUCUGUGGCGGUGUGUGGAUACGGUGAAGUUGGGCUAUUAUGCACAAACUUGAGGGGACAAAAUGCAGCUUCCUGUUGUGUCUGGGGAUGAGUAUUAUUAUCUGUUCAGUCAUUUACAUAAGGACCAAGACACCAGCAGAGCCCAAGCUGCGGGAGACUCCAACUUGCAGACCCUCCUCCACUGAAUGUAAAGCUUUGCUGCCCGACGUGGAGGAAGGUGUGGAGUGGCACCGCCAUGACUGCCAGUUGGAACGCUAUAGUCUGAAUAGUCGCAAGACGUGUUCCAAUUUGAUCAGUGAGCUACACUUCAUCACAAAACCUCUAAGUCGUGAGGAGGAGGACUACCCUUUAGCAUUCAUUGUGACCAUUCACAAGGAGCUGGAGCUAUUUGUGCGCCUGUUGCGCGCCAUUUACAUGCCACACAAUGUCUACUGCAUUCAUGUGGAUGAUAAGGCUUCAGUGGAGUACAAGGCGGCUGUAAUGAAACUUGUCGGCUGCUUUAAAAAUACCUUCCUCUCCAGCCGCAGAGAGACAGUGACAUACGCUGGGUUUUCCCGACUGCAAGCGGAUCUUAACUGCAUGACGGAUCUAGCAAAGUCCAAGAUAGGCUGGAGGAAGGUGGUGAAUUUGUGUGGACAGGAUUUCCCCGUCAAGAGCAACCUGGAACUGGUACGGUACAUGCAGAGCAAGGAGUGGAGGGACAGAAACAUGACGCCUGGGGUCAAGCAGCCUGAGUCUAUGGGGCACAGGACACAGCUCCAGCACAGGGAGAUAAGGGGCUCACAUGUAGCUCUGAAAGGGUUGAGACUGAAGAAAGGUCCUCCUCCACACAAUCUGCAAGUUUAUUUUGGAACAGCGUACUACGCUCUCACAAGGGCUUUUGUAGAUUUCGUUCUGAACAGCCCAAUAGCCCAGGACCUGUUGGAGUGGUCCAAAGACACGUUCAGUCCAGACGAGCACUACUGGGUGACACUCAACCACAUCAAAGAAGCUCCAGGAAGCCACGUAGAUGGAGGUUGGACAGGAGACAUCCGGGCAAUCAAGUGGAAGGAUCAAGAGGGAAGGGUACACAACGGCUGCAAAGGACAUUAUGUACGAGACAUCUGUAUCUAUGGAGUGGAAGACCUGCCCUGGAUCGUUUACGGGAACAGCAUGUUUGCCAAUAAGUUUGAGAGUAACACGUUUCCUGAGGCGCUGGACUGCCUGGAGCAGUGGCAUAGGAACAAGGUGCUGAACCAGACAACUAUUCCCAUAGAGCCGUCAUGGCUGCUGGCCACGCAGAGCAACUCAAGCAGCAGCUACUUCAACAGAAUUGCUGGAAAAUGAAACCGUUGCUGGUAUACUCAACAAAAGUCAGGCUACAAGCAGUUCAGAUUGUCAAAAAUGUGGACAGGAAAGAAACUGUACUGACAACCGCAGGAGCACGGCUCACAGUACUUGCCUAUUUAUGAAACCGUAAGAUGUCUUUUCUUUUUUUUUAUUUAUUAAAUCAGAAGAAGUGUGUUAAUUAUUAUUAUUAAUUAAUUAAUUAAUGAAUUAGAGAGUAGCAGGUGUAAAUAAACAAAUAAAGAAAAUGAUGAAA